GGCGAUUCUGUGUCGUUACAAUGAAGAGAGUCAGAAACACGCAGCCUUAAGCCUCAGUAAGGAGCACAACCCCACCCAAUAUGAGGAGCGUAUGCGGAUACAGAAAGCUGGGGGAAAUGUCAGGGAUGGAAGAGUCCUAGGAGUGCUGGAGGUUUCCCGCUCCAUUGGGGAUGGCCAGUACAAACGCUGUGGUGUUAUCUCUGUGCCAGAUAUCAAACGCUGCCAGCUCACGCACAAUGACAGGUUCAUUCUGAUAGCGUGUGAUGGCCUCUUUAAAGUCUUCACACCCGAAGAAGCAGUGAACUUCAUUGUGUCCUGCCUGGAGGAUAAGAACAUCCAGACAAGAGAAGGGAAGCUGGAAGCAGAUGCUAGAUACGAAGCUGCGUGUAACAGACUGGCCAACAAGGCAGUGCAGCGAGGAUCGGCGGACAACGUCACAGUCAUGGUGGUCCGGAUAGAGCACUGAGAGACGAGGUGCGGCAGCAGGAUCCCCAGCUUGCGGCAGAUGGAAGGGAAGAGAGAAGUUGAUGCGUGUGCAUGUGCGGCCAGGGGAUGGAGGGUCCUGCUGGGUGCUCUUCAGUGUAAAUAAAGUUUGCCUUUCUUUUUUUUCUAAUGGUUUUAGCUCACUUGGCUAGCAGUGUUUUCUAAGUGUCUGCCACAGUGGAUCAGC